AUGGCUCAUAUAGCCACUUCAGAGCUUUGCUACGUUGUCUACAUGCCAGAUAACCCCAGCGCUCAGUGUUAUCCCUUCGAUCUACCAGAGGGGGCAAAAGUAGCAGACUUGGAAGACAAGAUUCGUGCCCAUGCGAGCUACAAACAUGCCUCUGAAGGCGAGAACAUCAUUCUUCUCAAGUGUGGCGAGCUGUCCAUGGAGCCAGAAAACACACUUCUCAAUCGUGCUACCGAGUGGCUUCGCGAGCAUUCCAGCGGUUCAAAGAUGACACCCGCACAUCGCCUUAAGCGAUAUUUCCCCAGAGGUCCCGCACCUGAGGAUCAUGAGAAGAUAGACAUGUCGUCGUGA